CCUCUGGUCAGCUACCCCAGCCAGCCUUGAGGACAGAACUCUUUUUCUUCCUCUCUCUCCCUCUCUCCCUCUCCCUCUCUCUCUGUCUCUUUCUCUAACAACCCCACCAGGCUCACCCUCCCCUGCUCCCCUGACAUCAUCCCAUCCUUCCUGCCUCUUCCUCUGUCUUCUCCCCCCCACACUUCCCCAACCCUUGAGAAGGCUGGAGCAGGGAAGCUGCCGGACCCCCUGCCUCUGCCCCUUUGGUCACGAGGACACCCCACGCCAUCCAGCGAGGCCCCCGGCCACCCUGCCCCUGGACACUGGAUAAGGUCCCAAGGAAAGACAGACAGAGGGACGGCAUGGUGGGAAUCUUCUACUUCGCGAUGUUCCUGGCUGCUUGGGACUUCAGCCUGGCAAGUCCUCUGGAGAAAGAUGACUGUGACCUGGAGCUCCCAGACUCUGAAACAGGAAAGGUGACAUACACCACAGAUCAAGUUUCCUGGGGCUGCCUGGGCCAGAGGACCCCCAACUCCACCCAGGAAGUCCAUGUCCUCAACCUGAGGUUUUCACGGGAUUUAUCAGUGCUGCAGCUGACUAUUCAGGCCAGCAAGGGGAAUGGCCCACAGCCCCGAGAUGUCCAAGUCAUCCUCAAUGUCCAGGGUUAUAUCAAUCUCCUGCUGCAGGCCCCAGGAAUCCCAGUCAACUUUUCCUUGGAACCCACAAGGGUCUUCUUCGAGGCAACUGAUGUCAACUACACUCCUUUGCCGGACUUCUUCAGAAGGGAAGAACUCCUUGACUGGGUCCAGAGGACACAUGGCAACAUUACCUCCUAUGCAGAGAUGGAUGACCCCCAGAGCAUCACCCUCCACCUGGGUCAAGCCCUAACAUCUGCAUUCCCGUGUCUCCUGGAGUCGAACUUCAACAUGGGCAGCUACCUAACCUGGGAGACUGUUGCACCAAACGUCAGAGGCUGCCGCUUCAGCAAGGGGCUGGGCAAGAAGGUGGCUCACGUUCUGAAGAUCGCACAGGGUUCCUCAAGCAGCCCUCAGACAGUGGAGGUGAAGAUGGACUUGAGCUGCCCUUUUGGACAUCUGAAUCCCACACUGGAAGCUGUGCUGAUCCUGCAGGGACCCCAAAAUGUCAAUUGGCUGAUUGACUCCCACCAUAGUGUGCAGAUCGAGACCACAGGUGAAUACUCCUUCAAGAUCUUUCCCAACAACAGCAUCCCUGGCUCCAUCCUGUCUGACACGCUCCAAGGACUGCUUGAUGAGGUCCGGAAGAAGUUCAAUGCUAGCACCGUCGCCUCCUAUGUGGAGAUUCCAGCUACCAGCCAUAUUUCCCUGUGGGCCCCUAGUUGUGCUUCCACAGUAGAAACCUCACCUUCUCCAGUGCUGACAACUCCAUCCGGAAUGACUUGCUAUUUCCCUCUGCUGAGUUCCCUACUUUUGCCCCAGUGUUCCCCAGACAGCAUGACAUUGGUGCUAAAGAAGGAGUUUAUUAUGGUCCUGAACUGUCAGAUCAAACACCUCUCCUUCCGAGACCCCAGUUGCCAGUCACAAGACAAAGAAAACCAGUUUGUGUUAAGCAGCCCCUUCAAUGAGUGCGGGAUGAAUCUGAGGAAAGGUGUCAUUUUAAACAAUGAGGUGACUGUGACCUUGACCUCCAGUUCUGUUCCAGUUUUGAUAGAGGUUGAGUGCUUUAACACCAGCGCCUUUUCUGUCCAAAUGGAGGCCUAUGACAGCCAGCAAUUUCUUCGGACCUCCAACACCAUUGAGCUGGGCCAGCGAGCCUAUGUGCAGGUGACAGUAGCCCCAGCAAUUGAAGAGCUCAUUACACAUCUGGACAGCUGCUCCCUGGACCUGGGGCCAGAGGCUGACCCUGUGGAACUAAUCGAAGAUCAAGUGGCUAAGAGCCCCAGGGCGAGCUUUCUGAUGUCAGAUUUCACCAGGAUCCAAUUCAGCUUCCUUCUCCGGGGUCACAUAGUGCCCACGCCAACUCCUGCCAUACUUAGCUGCAAUGUAGAACUGGUCCUCAUGACCAAGAAAGAGACCAAGACUACCAUUAAGACCUCAGUGAAGUUAAACAUCAGCAAUCCCAUAACCCAAGGCCUGGGCAUGCCCGCAGUCCUGGGAAUCACCUUUGGAGCCUUCAUCAUUGGAGCCCUGCUCACUGCGGCCCUCUGGUACAUCUACUCCCAUACCCGUCCUCCAGGCAAGCGGCAGCCAGUGAUGGCCACAGUGCCAGCCUCUGAAAGCAGCAGCACCAACCAUAGCAUUGGCAGCACUCAGAGCACGCCCUGCUCCACCAGCAGCAUGGCAUAACCCACCCCAACUCAUCCCCACUGGCCCAGACUGGACCACCUCCGGCCUGAGAAGGCUCACUUGGCACCCUGGGCCUGGAUCACAUCUCCAGAUUCCAGGAAGCGUGCCUGCCUUUUUCUACACUGUGGGCUUUUGAAGAGUCGGCCUGGGCCCAGCCUCUUUGAUCCAAAGAUGGUUGCAGGGUGUGGGGAUGGAAGGUAGGCUCAGGGCGUCAUCGUGAGCCUGACACCUUCAGAGACAAGACAAACUACACCCCCUCUACACACACACACCCAAGAGCAGAAAUGGGUGUUGGCAGCGCCUGCAGGAGAGACUGGCACGACUGAUAACCCCAGACUCUUAGACAUUCAAUGAAUGGUUGUGUCCACCCAAACCCCAGCCCAAAAGACAAUCCUAUCCCAGAAUUUGAUGAGUCACCACUUCAGGCUAUGGCCCAAACUCUUUAGAGGGGACCCAUCUCAAAGCACCUUGAAUUCAGCAUUGGCCAUGCGGGUUCCAGCAGACGACCUCUCCACUGGUCAUGGAGUUUUGGGGGGUGAGGCCUACUUCCUGAGCUGUAUAUAUGCCUCACAGUAUUGUACUUUAUUGUGUAAAAUGUAUUUGUUAUUUUAAUAUCAGUCCAGAGUUCUCCAAGCUCCGGGAGUUUGCCAUAGAAA